UGCUGGCCGCCGCCUCCGCCGAGUCGGUGAGAGAAACUGAAACCAUGGACCCAGAGAAGUUUGGGGAGGUCUAUUUCUCAUCUGGUGCCUUGCCAGAUGAUGAAGAUAUUGGCGACCGCAGGCCUGCAAUCAACGAGGAUGACUGGCUUUCUGGUUCUGGAGAUGAAGAUGCUGAAACUGACUUGGCUUCAACCAUUGAAGAGCAUCCUAGGUUCUCUAGUGACAAUUCUAUCCCUGAAGAAAACCGAAUAAAGGAUGUAGAUGAAAACCUGGUCAGCAAUGAAGUAAUUCCACAUAAAGUCUUGCCCCCUGAGGAAAUGAACCCGUCCAACAAGAUUUCAAUGGCCAGUACAGCCAAUAGCAGCCUCUUUGAGAGAAAAGAAGUCCUUGCAGCUCUUAUUGCAGGUGGGGUAGUGGGUCUGCUGUUUGCCGUCUUCCUGAUCCUCCUAUUGGUCUAUCGCAUGAAGAAAAAGGAUGAGGGCAGUUAUGACCUUGGCAAAAAACCCAUCUAUAAGAAGGCCCCUUCAAAUGAAUUCUACGCUUAAAGGCACUAGCACCGUGUCCCCCAUCUGGGGUGAGAAACUGACUCUUAAAGCAUUUGGACCUCAGCUGAGAUGCUCUGAACAAAUGCGGUCUUGGAUCUAAUUUCAAAGUGACUUUUUAAAAAAAAUCUUCCUGCACAACCAUUCCAUCUUGCAAAACUAAUCAGGGUACAAUAAAAUGCGAAGAGUUUGGAGGGGAAAUAUGGUCAUGACUCUAUUUGGCAGGAUGUGGGGUGCAAAAGAUUGCCAAAUCCUUAUUUUUGGUUGAGUAGAAGAUGUAUAUAAUGCUGUUUAUAUGGAAGCUAACUGUAUGGAGAGUUGCACCCAGAUGCAAACACAAUUUGCCUUUGUUUUAUAUAAGGUUUUUUUAUUCUGUUUUUCCCUAUAGUACUGGGCCUGUUCUGCAGCAGAUUGUCUCUCUGAAUUUUUGUACACUACUGUGUAUCAUUGCCUUUAUUAGGGAGCUGCUUUGCCCUCUGCUCAGGAUGCCCAUAUGCCAUAAAGGGUCCAUGGGAGAAAUAACUACAUGGCUUAUAUGGCUGUUAGGAAGAAAUCUCCUCUUCCUUUUGGUAGGGUCACUAUUCAUAAAAAUCAGGGAAGUCUCUUAGUUUGCUUGAUUCUGAGACUAAACUUCCUUUGCACCAAGUCUCAUAAAGGUUAGAAAUAUUACAAUUUAAGGUAGGCUUUUAUAAACUUAGUAGGAAAAAUAGCCGAAUAUUAUGUUUGUAGAAAUAAAAGGUACUUUUAAAAAAAAUUUUAAAUCCUUUUGUUUCCUUUGGCUGGGCAUUUCUCUAGAUGUAUAAAACAAUAUACAAUUCAUAUUCUGGAGCAGCAUUGGCUACAAUGUUACAGGUUCUCCAUUUCUAUUUAGCAGCUACUGUAUGCAGUUGAUAAAGAUAUGUAUAGGGAUUUUUCAUAAUUUGUUUAAUUUGAUUUUUAUAGGAUUAUUUAUAGUUCCUUCUCAUGACUUUUCUUUUAUAUAUAAAACACUAAUAUAAUGAAUCUCUUAUGAUUGUGAAAACUAUUUAAGCUUUAUUCUGUGAAUUUUUAAUUAUGAACUGAAGACAAUAACUUCUGCUAGAAUUACUCUAUGCAAAAUUGGAUUCUCAAAACAUGAUUAAAAUAUAUUAUAGGGAAAGCUGGGAUUUUUUUAGCCUGUAAUAUAUUGUAAUCAUUCCUAUAGAGCUAUAUAUUAUAUAUAUUUUUUCAGCAAAGUGUACAAAUGUUAAGAAUAAAAAAGCUAGAGGCUUUUGGGCUUGUGCAGCCUUACUGUGUGUAAGGGAGGGUGUAUUGAUCUUGUUUAUAUGCUGCUCUGUGUGUGCAAUGUCUGUUUUAUGUUGAAUGCAGUAACAUUUUCCUUGUGGUUUUUGUUCCUAACUGCUGGGGAGGCAGGCUUAAUGGUUGCUGAAGUUCUAGGUCACAAACUCUGUGCAUUCUGCUCACUGCAUUCAAGGCAUAUGCAGUGACCAUCCCAUUUGCUUCCAUGGGUUAGAAAUGGGUUUGGUAUGUUGAAAAUGUCAGUCUUGCAUCUUCAUAGCCAGGUGGUGGAUCUGAGAUCCCUUGUCCCUCAUUUUCAAAGUGACACUCCUGAUUUAUGGCAUGAGAUGCAAACAAUAACCUUUACCUUUUCUUUCUCUUGGAAAAACUGCUGUUCAGUUUUAUUGCCUGAGCUGCUAUUUUAAGUGGUUUUUAACUAGUCUCCUUAUUCCCUUUCCCCUUCAGAAGGAUGGCUUUCACUAUUUAGAUUAGAAUAUUGUUUGAUCCUGUCUCCUGCUAAGGUGACUAUGGCAACACUGACCUUCCUGAAGCCACUUGCUGUUAACACAUUAAGAAAAAAAGUUCUAAUGAUCACUUAAGCAGAUCCUACCUCUGUCAGAGUUGGUCUAGUACCACAAAAUUUUCAAAAUGAGUAGAAAAUGCAUGCCUGUCAUACAGGGAGGGCUUUUCUGGCAGUCUUUGGCCAGUUCCAGAAUUGGUAUACAAAAUUCCCACCUAUCUUGGUUCUGUUGCAUCAGUCUUUGCUAGAUCUGAGCCUCUACUUUAUUCCAAAUACACAAGGAAGAUUACAACAUAGCUGACUGGGGUGGAAGAGUGGGGGCAACCGCAUAGUUCAUAGCAUGGUGUGAUGUCUUGCACAAGACUGCUUAAAAUUACACUGAUUCUGAAGGCCGUGGAGAAUUUUUUUUUCCUUAGACCUGAUUCUCUUUGUAGCUAUGAAGAGCCUGUAUAACCCAGCUGAAAUCGGUGCAAUUGCACCUGCUUCUAGACUGGUGUAAGGGGGAGAAACAAUUGAAUCUCUUCUGUAUACCAUAGAUGUGGGGCAAGGGGUCUCCUCUCUGGACUCCAUGCUGAAGUUUGUAACUUGGGAACCCUUGAACCAAACACUUUUUCCAAGAGGCAGUGACCUCCUGCUAGAAAAACAAGCUUGCUUUAGAACCUAGCUCUGGAAUUAAUAUGUGGAAACUUUUUUUAACUCUGCUAUUCUGUAAAUAACCCAUUUGUAAUGAUCUACAGACAGCACCACCUGUGAAUUGUCUCUUUUUUUGAUAUUUGGAAGUCUCUCUUGUAACUGCAUUUUGUUUGGGGUCUCUCCCUAACCUCUGGUACUCUUAUCAAUAAAUUGGUACUUUCUAAAAC